GCGAGAAGGAAAAGCUAUAUGGAACUCCAGUUGCCGUAGCUGAUAGAGAAACGGUAGAAGAGAAGGCAGAUGUUAUUCUCUCUGAAGCUCGACUCUCUGACGUGACUUUUCUGGUUGUUGGUGAUCCAUUUGGAGCCACAACACAUAGUGAUUUGGUUGUGCGAGCCAAGAAGUUGGGGGUUCAGGUCCAGGUCGUUUAUAAUGCAUCAGUGAUGAAUGCAGUUGGAAUUUGCGGGUUACAACUCUACCGCUAUGGAGAGACAGUUUCCAUUCCAUUUUUUACUGAAACUUGGAGACCUGAUAGCUUUUAUGAGAAAAUUCAGAGAAAUCGUUCUCUUGGAUUGCACACCUUCUGCUUGUUAGAUAUACGCGUCAAAGAACCUUCCUUUGAAUCUUUGUGCAGGGGAAAGAAGCAAUAUGAACCGCCCAGAUUUAUGACAAUAAAAACUGCUAUUGAGCAGCUUUUGGAGGUUGAGCAAAUUAGAGGAGAAUCUGCAUUCAACGAAGACACUGAUUGUGUGGGGUUUGCUCGGCUUGGCUGUGAGGAUCAGAUGAUUGUUGCUGGUACAAUGGUGCAACUUCAGAUGGUUGAUUUUGGAGCACCUUUACAUUGUCUAGUUAUUGUAGGCAAGACACAUCCAGUGGAAGAAGAAAUGCUAGAUUUUUACAAGCUGAAAGAUGAUAUUCAUCCAAACAACAAUGUGACUGCUUGAUUUUUACCAGGAGAUGAUACAUAUACACAAAUGGAUAGGCCAUUGUUCGAAUUAGCAGUAGCAAAUAGAGCAGGAAGAAUAAUUUCUAUAUUUUGGGGGGAGGAUAUGAGGGUGGCAAAGAGGAAAUCAUAUUUAUCAAUUAAUGAAAGAAAAAAUGUGAACAUUCCAUUUUUUGGUCUGCAACUUUAUGAUUUGUUUGAAGUCCUGCAGCCUAAUAAGUGUGCAGUCCUUUUUAAGUUCUGAUGUAUCACAAAGUUUUCUUUCUCAAUUUAAUUGGUUCUAUAUUAGUUUUUGGAUUC